CAAACAUAAAGUCCCAUCUUCAGUUCUCUAUUAAAUUCCACCAUGACGCAUCCCUUUCUAUUGCUUGGAUUUCUCAUAGUAACAUAUUUCAGUGGUUCUCAAGGAGAAAAUUCCUUCUCACAGUACUGGAAAGAGCAUAUUGAUCUUCCACACCCUCCACAUUGUUUAGCUACAAAGGUUUCUCCUUUAAGCCUCCAUCAGACAACAAAUUAAAGUUCAUAAAACUUAUAGAGAAAAAUGAACUGGCUUCCCACCUGCAUUCACUCUGUAAGCAAGCAAAUGUUGCUUGUUGUACAAAUUUAUUGGUGAAGAAGAAAACGGAUGAUACGACCCUGCCACCAAUAGCUCAAUGGAAUGCUAUCAAAGAGGUGUAUGAUCAAUUUCCAACUGAAAAACUCCAGCUAGGUGUCAGCCAAGGGGGAUUUCCAUUUUUCAGGAGCUCGAUGGUGAAAGAGGGUGGUUUAAUAUCUGUCCCUGAUCUAAGGGACCCAAUGGCAUAUAAAUCAUUCUUGCCGCAAUCUCUAGCAUCGAGAAUUCCAUUUUCCCUUUCCCGGAUUGAGGACUUAAAGAAGAUUUUCAGUGUGAUGGAUGAAUCAAACAUGGAUAAUUAUAUUCAAAAGACACUCAAAAUAUGUAAGAAGAGCCCCAUUCAGGACGAGCAAAGCACCUGUGUGACUUCUUCUGAGGUUCUCAUUGACUUUGUUGUUGAGACACUAGGGAGCGAUGUAUCCGUUUGGAAUACUGAGAGCAUGGCAGGAUCUUAUGAGAAUGUCACAAUUGGAGCUGUGAAACUCAUUUAUGGAAACCUCUCUGAACCACCAGCCUUAUGUCAUAGUGAGCCAUUCCAAUUUCAAGUCUAUUAUUGCCAUGUUUUACAAAAAGUAAAAGUAUAUGCAGUUGAUAUACAUGCUCGAAAGAAAGUGAAUCAUGCAAUCAUGGCAUGCCAUUACGACACUUCUUCUUGGAAUCCACACCAUAUUGCUUUUAAGCUGCUGGACUUUGGCCCUGGCCUAAUUGAAGUUUGUCAUUGGAUAAACGAGAAUGGAGUGGUCUGGACAAAGAAUCUAGGUUGAGUAGCAUUUGAAGAUUUAAUCAUUUUCUAGCUUUAUUGUAUGUGGUACAUGCUACUGAUUAUAUCAUUUAAAGUAUAAAUAAUGACAUAUUUUGGCUUGUGCAUUCU